AUGACGCAACCCAUUAUUAAGCCGGUUGAAAAUUCGGAGAAAACAUUAAAAGAAUUUUCCGAAGAGGUAGAGAACCGUUUAAAAGGACGUAAUAUAAAAUUUUUUGAAUAUUUAUCAUAUAAUGAUAUAAAGCUCAUUGGACAUGGUGCAUCCUCGACUGUCUACUCAGCAAAUUUUCAAGGAAAAACUUAUGCAUUAAAAAAGUUAAAAUGUAACUUGUAUUUAGCUGAUAAAGAGGCAAAAACACUUAUCAAAGAGAUUAAACACCUCGAUAAACUUGGUAAGGAAAAUCAUCCUAAUAUUGUGAAAUUCUAUGGAAUUUCAAGAGAUCCACAAUCAGAAAGUAUUAUGUUGGUGUUGCAAUUUGCCAAUAACGAUAACAUGCGGAAAUAUUUAUCUAAAAAACAACAGGAAGGCCUUUAUAGAAUUUCAUGGGCUGAACUUAUUAGAAUAGCGAUUGAUAUUACUUCUGGUCUGAUGCAUUUGCAUGAUAAUGAUAUAAUUCAUAGAGAUCUACAUUCUAAAAACAUUUUAAUCAAUGAUGGUAACGCCUUAAUUGCGGAUUUUGGGUUAUCGAAACAAUUAAAUGAUACAGCCAGUUCAUGCCUAGAUCUAAAGGGUAUGAUUGCAUAUGUUGAUCCACAGUGUCUCCGCACUAGCAAGCCUCCCGAUGAUAAAAAGUCAGAUAUCUAUAGCCUAGGUGUAUUGUUUUGGGAACUCACUAGUGGAAUUCCGCCAUUCGGCAAAAUUCCUCAAGUGUCGAUCAUAUUAAUUAAGAUUUUAAGUCAUGAAAGGGAAAAUGUAAUCGAUAAUACCCCAUCAGAUUACUCUGAUCUCUACAAGAAAUGCUGGUCUUCUUACCCAGACCAACGUCCAACUUUAUGUGAAAUACUAGACCAACUAAAGAUGCUCUCAGAUAAAACGUCCGUUGAAAUUACAAAUUACAUUAAAAAACAGGCUAUUAAAUUAUUUCUCGCCAAAGAAUGUCCUUGCACAUAUACUUUCGAUCAUUUGGAUAAAUCUACACAACUGAGUGAAAUUCGACGGCGUCUUUCAUUAGAAAAAGAAUUAUUAUUGGGCCGUCAAAAUAUUAAUUUUUUCGACAAAUUUGGCGAAAAAAUAGCAUAUAACAAAGAAAAUCAAUAUACCCUUGGAGAUAUUACAUUUAUGGACGGUACAGAUCUUGCUUUCUAUAUAGAAACCGAUCAAUCAAAACUAAGCUUUCCAAUAACUGCGCGAAUGCUUAUGUUAGAUAAAGGACUACUACAAAAUAAUGAUGGAACCAUAGCAAUAGCAGAUAAGCAAGCUUUCUAUAUUGAAAGUCCUCAUAUAAUAGAUUUUAACGUUCAUAAUGAGUUUGAGUCUAUUAAUAAUGACGGCGUCAUAUAUCAAAAAGGUUCUAUUCACUUACCUAAGAAAUAUUUGCGCGCGAGUGACGAAUAUACUGAAGCUAUUAAAGAUGCAUUAAGUGGCAAUAAAAACGAUGAACAAAAAAUAGAUGCUUUGAAUAAAAUAAGCGAAAUUUAUGGUCUUUUUGG